CUUUUACCAAUUUCAUGAAAAUGACUGCAAAAGAUAUAGAACAUACGUAUCCGGCGGUCAGCAAUUUAAUUGCAAGAUUGAAGUCGAGGAAGGUCCAUAAACCUUUUCCAGUCGCUGUUGAGACGGCUCUUGUAAUGCGACAAGUCAUUUCUCAAACGCGAUGGUCUACAGUAGAUCAGCUUUUGGAUACAAUUCGAGCAGUAGGAUCUUCUCUUGUGAAAGCUCAGCCUAGUGAAUUUUCUUGCGGAAACAUCAUUCGUAGAAUCUUACGAAUGAUCCGUGAAGAAUACCAAGACUUGCUAAAUUCAGUGGAAGAAGAAACUGUUAAUAAAGGAAAAGGCAAAGAUUCCUCUACUACUUCAUCGGUCUCUUCUCCAAGUAGUGGUUUGUCGUCGAAUGACCACCUGGCAGAACGAAACGAGCCCAUUUCUUUUCAAAUGUACUCUUCAAUGCUAAACUUAUUGGGAAGACCAGUUCCUGAAGCUUCUUCUCAACAUAAAAAUCUCGGUGACAGCAGAGUUACUGGCGGGAUGGAUAUGCGUGCUGUGCUGAUAGCAGGAAUUCAAGAAAUAAUUGAUGAAUUAGAUAAAAUUAACACGGAUAUUGAGGUUCAAUCCAUGGAUCAUUUGCAUUCCAAUGAAAUUAUCUUAACUCAGGGAUGCUCCAAAACUGUUGAAGCAUUCUUGCGCUUUGCCGCAAAGAAGAGAAAGUUUUCUGUUGUCGUGGCAGAAGGAUUUCCUAACAUGCAGGAUGGAGCCCAUGCUAUGGCGAAGCGUCUUGCAAAUGCUGGAAUUGAUACAACUGUCAUUUCAGAUGCUGCCAUAUUCGCCAUCAUGUCACGGGUGAAUAAAGUAAUUCUUGGCACACACGCAAUUCUCGGUAAUGGUGGGUUAGUAACUUAUAGCGGUGCUCAUCUCGUCGCCCAAGCUGCUAGGCAUCAUGCCACCCCUGUCGUUGUUUGCUCCGGUAUAUACAAAUUGAGUCCUGUUUAUCCUUAUGAUCUUGAGUCUAUUAUCCAACUUACUUCUCCAGGAAAUAUUAUAUCAUUCAAAAAUGGUGAUUUAAUAAACGAAGCUGAACUACUGAACCCUUAUUAUGACUAUAUCCCACCAGAUCUUGUCGAUCUUUUUAUCACCAAUUUGGGAGGAUAUCCUCCUUCGUAUUUGUACCGUAUCAUGAACGAUACUUACGACGCAAACGACACUAUUCUUUAAAAAAUAAUUUUUUGUUUUGUUUAUUUAGGUCGAGUGUAUUAUAAAAGGGAAUCUAUGAAAAUUUAUUUCUGUUCAGUAGACAUUGACACUCAGUCACUAAGUAAUUUUCUUCAUUCUUAUACAGUUA